ACAACGAUUACAAAUAAAGAAUUCUCGUAAAUUCCUUUAAUUUAAAAUCAUAUCAUAUUCGGUACCUAUGUUGCAGAAGUUUUACAAAUCGUUUCGCUCUUUGCACGCUUUAGUCAGUAUUUCCAAAAAUCACAAAAUGAACCAAGAUAAGUGUUAUUUUCGAUACAUUGAAAAUGAAGAUAAAAUCAACAUUUGUUUUCUUUAUAAUGUAAAAGAUACCGUACGCCAAUUUAAUUUUAGUAGAAACUCUUCAGAAACUUUAAAAACAUUAUGCGUUCGUAUGGCGACAAAUGUUCAGAAAGUAUGUAACAAGAAAUCGAAAAAAAAAGGCGCUAAUAGUGAUCCUGAAAUUGUGGUAAAGAUUUAUGACAAAAAACUGAACCCUAUUUCUGAAGAUAGCCCUUGCUCAGCUUUAUUCAGCUAUCCGAAUCCGUUGGUAUUAAAAAUUUCAGAGUGUUUGUAUGAAAUAGUACUUAAUGCUCCCUGGGUUAUCAGUUUUAAUUUACCAAAGGCUAUUAUAGUCGGAUUUCCAGUGUAUCCUGAAAAUUUAAAUACACUCUAUACUGACCAACAGUUGAGUAUUUUUAAGUGGUAUCAAGGGAAAUCCUAUAAAGAAAAUGGAAAAGAAAUCAGUGAUAAACACAUACAAUGGCAAUUUAUCGUCAAUAGCUUUUAUUAUACUCCAACGACAGAUGAUAUUGCAUUUAAACUAAAAUGUGAAUGUAUUCCAGUUAAUAGUGCAACUGUUGGUCCAGCUGUGGAAGAUAUAUCUAAAAAUACAGUUGAAGCAGGACCUGGCCCUUGUCCUUUUGAAACUCGUCAGUUAUUUACUACUCAAAGAUUGGAAGGCAAAAGUUUUCGGUGUGUUUCAUACAAUAUAUUGGCAGACUUGUACUGUGAUUCUGAUUAUACAAGGACAACUCUGCAUCCUUACUGUCCUCCAUAUGCAUUGCACAUAGAUUACAGGAAACAGCUCAUCUUAAAAGAGUUAAAAGGUUACAAUGCUGAUAUAAUUUGCCUCCAAGAAGUAGAUAGAAAGAUCUUCAAUAGCAGUUUAUUGUCAUUCUUAGCAUGUGAUGGUUUGAAAGGGUUAUUUUAUAAGAAAGGUAAGUUAGUUGCUGAAGGUUUGGCCUGCUUCUACAGAGAAAAUAGAUUUAGGUUUUUAGGAGACGAACACAUAAUAUUGGCAAAUGCUUUAACAAGUAUACCAUGUUUGAAUGGCAUAUGGGAAAAAAUAAAAAAUAAUAAGCCCCUCGUUGAGAGAGUGUUAGACAGGUCUACUGCGGCAAGCGCUACUUAUCUACAAUCUAUUGAUAAUCCAAAUGAAAUCCUUUUGGUUGGUAAUACACAUUUAUAUUUCCACCCUAAUGCUGAUCAUAUACGAUUAAUUCAAGGAGGAAUUGUAGUGUAUUGGUUAAGUGAUUUACAGAAAAAAUUAGCUGAAGAGCAUCCAGGAAAAAGAGUUAGUGUAGUUCUGUGUGGAGACUUUAAUAGUAUCCCGUCAUGUGGAAUUUAUCAGUUAUACACUAUGGGCACGGCACCAGACGAUUUGCCAGAUUGGAGUUCUAAUGCGACUGAAGCAGUUCAAGGCUUAAGUUUGUCACAAAACAUUCCACUGGAUAGUGCUUGCGGAACGCCGCAAUAUACCAAUUUUACAGAUGGAUUUGCAGACUGCUUAGAUUACAUUUUCUAUGAGAAAAGUAAACUAAUGGUUCAACAGGUUAUACCGUUCCCCAGUGUUGAAGAGUUGAAAGUCCACACUGCUUUACCCAGCAUAGUUUUCCCCUCUGACCAUAUUGCGGUUAUAUCAGAUUUGAAAUUUAAAUAACUAACUCUUAACUGUAUGUGUUCAAUCAACUGUAUGUUGAUGGUACCUUAUUGUGAAAGUAAAAAGUGCUUAAACUCAGAAACAGAUAAUUUAUUAAUGCUUAUUUAGCAUUGUGUUUAUGUAAUCAUAUAAUAAUAGUUGAGUUUUUUGAUGUUAUGUUAAGCUUGAAAUGUACCCAAACUUUAUCAAAUCCUUAUUUUACAGAUUUAUUUGAUGUUGA